ACGGUCACACUGUACUGGCUUCGCUUUUUCAAAUACCGCCGCUUUUUUUGUUUUGCGAACUUAAAAAUGUCGGCUUCUGCGAAUUUGGCGAAUGUUUACGCGGAGCUGAUGCGCAGAUGCGGCGAGGCUUACACCAUAACCUACGGAGCACCUCCCAGCUAGUUGGUCAGCACGGUGGGAUCUGCGGAGGCUGGCAAAAAGAUUGUGUUGGUCUUCAAGGAGGACCGCAGUUGUGCGGCCAGGAUCCGGACCACGCCUACUAGAGCAGCGCCAAAAGUAGAGAGCUCUGCGAAUCUGGACCUGACGGGCAGCCCCUUAAAGGACAAUUGUCUGGUGGACGCGAUUGGCGACCUAUCCAUCGGCUUGGAGCUGGAGCACACGAAUCCCUGGAAACUGGAGGAGGAAUACCACCGAGGGAUUCCCGUAGACAAAGCGAGGGCCAUUAUAUGCUCGGAAUUCCUGCAGAUGUCGGACGGCCUGGGUUCCGUCUGGUUUCUCUGCGAUGGCAGCGACCCCGAACAAAUCCAGUUGCUCCAGUACGAGUUCAAUUCAACCCACUUCUCCAGGGGAAUCCUCAGUUACCAAGGAGUUCUACCCGCCUACAUGGUCACCUCGCAGUCAUUGGUGCGUCAGCAUGGCAAAGCUCCCGACGAGACUUUGAUAAAAAACAUCUACCAGGUAAAUCCCCACAUGAGACUGUGCUGCUCCUGGACAUCCAAUGCUGCCUUGCCACUGUUGGUCAACAUAAACAAUGGCGAGGUGUCCCUAAGUCACACCUUCCGGGUGGGGGAAUGCACUCCGUUGACCCAGGACUUUAUGAACCAACUGCGCAUCCUGGUCUUUAUACGCGAGGACAUUGUCUCCUACCACAAUGAUGUCAAGCAGGGCGUCGUCAGGGAUCCCAACUAUCGCUGUGGCAGCGGCAUUGACCUGGAGGAGCUGCGGGAGUCCAUAAAGCAAACCGUCACGGAUGUAUCGGGUUUCAUUGACCGCUUUAGCAUAGGCAACGCUGAGUUUGACCUUGAGGAUGUGGUGCAAAGGGCCAAGGGGCGCCGACUCACAGAUCUCACCGACAAACUGUGGGAGCUGCUCAAGUGCUGCGACUCCUACAAGGACCUAAAGCUGGGCUUUAACAUGCUCUUCCAGUGCGCCGUCCGCUGUAACAUAGUUAACACCCCAACCAACAAAAACCGGCUGGCUAAGAUUAUCACCGAGCUGGCUAAUCGGCGGUUGGCUAUGCCCUGCCUUAGUGGCGCCGAGCCCCUGGAACUCCUGUUGGAAAUAGGGCUGGAGAAACUGUACAAAGACUACGAGUUUAUUUACACGGAGAGCAAGAUGUGCAGCACCGGUCUGCUGAAGGGGGACUUCAGCGAAGCAGCGAGUGAUGAUGGCUCCCCGCCGAAUCUGCCCCAGCUGCGAAAAUCACUGCAUAAUGCGGUGAGGGGAGACCCUACGCCAGCAGCUGGAAUGCGAAAGACCCUGCUGCAUCACAACGGAGCAGUGAAGUCGGGAAAUGCGAAAUACGCAGGCGACGACGACGAUUCCGGGUUCAAAAACAGCCACUUCGACGAGCACGAGAGCACGGAGCGGGUCUCCAAGUUGUUUCAAAUUCACUGCACUUUGGAGCACCUUCUGAUGAUGCACAUUCACUUGAAUCUGACCAACGUUUACAACGAUGUCUGCUCGGAGCUGUUGAAGAAGCCGCCCAAAUUAGUCGAGGUCAUCGAUGAUCAGCUAAGCGACGUAAUGGAUGUCCGCCUGUGUGCCGACCACGUGAGGGAACACUUGGAUGGCAAGGAUCCCUACUCUCGCCAUAUAACCAUGCGUUCUAACAACAAAUUUCGCGAACUGAAAACCACCUUCUAUUUCAACUCGGAGAACAUUUGUCCUCCUAACUUGGCUCAGUGUUUUCAAUGCGAUGAUAAGGAGAUGGUCAAGGAGCGCACGUACCAUUCAUGGCUUUACCGCAAGAUUCGCUCACUUAAGUGAGGCAGGCCUGUGUAGCAAUAUAAAAUUGUCAAUAUAUUAUGUAUAUGUAUGAUUUUUAAAAAAUGUUUCAUAUUAGCUUCAAAGUCUCUUUUAAAAUGUUUUUGAAUAACUAUAAAACUGUUAAAUUUCUUGAGGUGUUUUAACAUAAUAUAAUCCUUUAAAAAAAUGCUA